AUGCUUGGGGGGAGCACACCCAUUCCAGUCAAAGGGUGGAAGAAGAAAUUAUAUGGAAGUGGUCCGAUGCGCCGUGGUGGACCGGAUCGUGGCCCUUUGACUGGUGAGUCUCCACAGAUGACGGCCACGCGGAAAAAGGAGGUCGGCGAGGCGGGAGGCAAUGGCGGGGCUGGCAGUUACAGCAAGCAGCCAACAGCUAAUGUUUAA